UCGAAAACAUCGAACCAUCCACCUUUGUGGUUGAGUAUUGUGGGAUUCUCUCAGAAAAUAAAGAAGUUGAAGACGAUCAAGGAACCUACUUGUUUGACUUCAAGUGGAAUGGAAAACAUUAUUGCAUAGAUGCUUCAAAAGAGGACGGAAAACUUGGACGAUUAGUGAACGAUGAUCACAGAACUCCAAAUUGUAAAGUGAAGACCAUCGUUGUUGAGGGAAGGCCACACUUGUGCCUUUUUAGUACCAGAAAAAUCUUAAAAGAUGAGGAAAUAACAUACCACUAUGGUGAUUCCUCUUGGCCAUGGCGCUCGAUGGAAAUGUGUGAUGAGGUGCUGGAGACACAAAACAUCGAGAAGCCCUGCUCAUCAGAGACAGAGAAAGAAAUGUGUAAUGAGGCACUGGGGACAGAGAACAUCGAGAAGCCCUGCUCAUCAGAGACAGCGAAAACACAUUUACAGGAAAUGUGUAAUGAAGCGCUGGGGACACAGAACAUUGAGAAGCCCUGCUCAUCAGAAACAGAGAAAGAAAUAUGUAAUGAGGCGCUGGGGACACAGAACAUCGAAAAGCCCCGCUCAUCAGAAGCAGAGAAAGAAAUAUGUAAUGAGGCGCUGGGGACACAGAACAUCGAAAAGCCCCGCUCAUCAGAAGCAGAGAAAGAGGUGUGUAAUGAAGCACAGAACAUCGAGAAGCCCUGCUCAUCAGAGACAGAGAAAUGCAACCAUAUACUUUGCAAUGCUGUCUUGUCAAGUUUGAAUUCAUGUGAGGAUUGUACAGGACCUGUGUCAAGUCUAAAAUGGCUUGGAUAUACCUGCAAAUUAUGUUCAAGAUCAUGGCACAAAACCUGCUUCAUGAAGACUAUGUCAAUGGUCAGUGUUGAAAUAUCCAGUUCUGAAGGAUCCAGUUCUGAUAAAGAAUAUCUACCUUGCUCGGGUAUUGAUGGCUCUUCUACUGACGAAGAAUUUGUGUCUGACAAUGCUACAAGUAGCAACAGUGAUGACAGUCUUUCCCUCAACGCCAUGCCAGCAUCUUGCAUGAGCCCGCCUCUUCUUUUGGAGUCUUCUAAGAAGAGGUCAAUGAGCUUGCCACAAUCUUCAAGUUCAUCCACUCCGCAGGACAUGACGAGCAAAAAAUCCAUCACAGCCGAGGACCUUGUAUGUCAUGAACAACUCUCUGAUUCUCAUGAUACUACCACAGUCACUGCCCAGAAGCCUGAUAGUGUUAUGGAAAAACAAACAGAAUCAUGUUCUGAGGACAGGACGAUUGACAUUGUAACAAAAAACAAAGCUAAUUCUUAUACCCACAAAAAUUAUUGUUAUGUGUGCAAGAAACCUCAGUCUAAAAUUGCUCGUCACUUUAAGCAGCAUGAAGCUAAUGAGCCAGACAUUGCUGCAGCCUUCUUGCUCCCUAAACAUUCCAAGCAGAGAAAAAGGCUACUUGAGAAGCUACGAAACAAAGGAAACCAUCAACAUAAUCUAGAGGUUUUGGAAAGUCAGAAAGGACUGCUAAAACUAAAAAGAAGACCAAAAAAAUCACUAACUAAAAUAACUGCUGCAACAUUUGUCCACUGCACAUACUGUAAAGGCAUGUUUCUACGCAAAGAACUGUGGCGCCACUCAGCUAGAUGCCCAAUGAAAACUGUCUCGGACUCUGGAGAAACUGAUAAGGUCCAAGUUUUGGCUUUGGCAGAUAUUGCAGAGGCAACAUUUUCCCAAGCAAUUUCACCUGGAGUUUGGAAGAUCUUAGGGAAAAUGAAGGAUGAUGACAUUUCAUCUGUAGUUCGCAAUGAUUUCCUUAUAUUACAGUUAUGUCAGUCAAUUUAUAACAAGCAUGGUAAUGAUCAAACAAAAUCGGAAUACAUUAGACAGAAGGCUCGGGAAAUGGGCAGACUUUUGGUGAGCUUGAGAAAAAGAUCCUCCCUAUUCUCCGAAGAUGCGCUCAAACCAAACAAUUUUUACAAACUCGUUGAGACUGUAAAAGAUGUUGCUGGGUAUGAUGAUGAAAACAACUCUUAUAAGACACCAAGUCUUGCUUUGAAAUUAGGACAUUCUCUCAGAAAGAUUGGAGACAUUAUUCUCUGCAGGGCCAUCGCAGCAGAAGAUGAUACUGCCAUAAAAGCAGCAGAACGAUUCAACAAGCUCUGCUCAAGUGAAUGGGCGGGUCUUGUCUCACACACAGCUCUUUCUACUUUGAGCAAAUCAAAGUUUAAUAAGCCGUCAACAAUACCUUUCACUAAAGAUGUCCAGCUUCUCCACAAAUACUUGGAAAAAAAAUCAGCUGAUGCGCUUAAUGGCUUAAGGCUUCAUGAGUCUCCACAGGCUUAUGGAGAACUUGCUAGAGUGGUACUCACUCAAAUAAUUGUCUUCAACAGACGCCGUGCAGGAGAGGUCUCAAAAAUGACACUUGAGUCUUUCAGGAAAAGAGAUCAGACUGAGCUCCAUGACGACAUAGCUGCUGGCCUUUCACCAUUUGAGCAAAAAAUGUCGAAGUACUUCAGUAGAGUCGAAAUUAUGGGCAAAAGAGGACGAAAAGUUGCAGUGUUGUUGAACCCAGAUAUUGUCAGUGCCCUAACACUUCUUGUUGACAAAAGAGAUGCAUGUGAAGUUGACAGCGACAACCCCUAUCUGUUUGGAAGACCAAAGUGCCUCUCCAGCAGCUUCUACAGGGGACAGGACUGCAUCCGGGUUUUUGCAGCCCAGUGUGGUGCGCAGCACCCUGAGUACCUGAGGUCUACACAGCUUCGCAAACAUGUGGCAACAAUGUCCCAGAUUUUAAACCUCAAAGAUAAUGAACUUGACCAACUGGCAAACUUUUUGGGCCAUGACAUUCGGGUCCAUAGAGACUAUUACAGAAUGCCAGAUGCAACCAUACAAAUUGCAAAAAUGUCAAAACUGCUGCUGGCGAUGGAAAAAGGAUCUCUGAGAAGAUUCCAGGGAAAAUCCUUGGAUGAAAUUGAGAUUGAAGAUGAACUGGAACCAGAUGUAGAAAUGGAUGCAGUAGGAGAAAGCGAUGAAGAUGAUGAAGCGCCAGAUCCUGUCCUUGAUGUGAACGAUGAAGGGGAGAUGGUAAUGGAAGACACAAACAGCUUGUCAGAGGAAAGACAAGAGAUGAAUAUGACCCAAGAUGAGCCAGAAAGCUCCAAAGAGAAGCUAAAAACAAUCCAGCAUAAAGGCAAACACUCCAAAGCAAAACUUGGAGUGAGUCAGGAUGAGCCGGACAGCUCUCGAGAGGCCAAUCGAAGGAGGAAUUUGGAAAGGCCAUGGAAUGACAAUGAAGUGAAUGCGGUUAUGAAACAUUUCAAAACCCAUAUUUUUAAGGGGCAUCUUGCAACAAUGAAAGAAUGUGAGCAGUGCAAGGUUGCUGAAGACCCAGUUCUUCAAGACAGAACUUUACAAAACAUAAGAGAUUUUGUCAGGAACCGUGGUUUGAAGGCUAAAAAAAAAUUGCUGAAAUGUUCAUUGGUCAAGAAUGUAGAUUCACUGAUCUACCAUCUUGUUUAGGCCAAAAUUGUUAAUAGUGAAUGUGUUGAUGACCCACAAAAAAUGGCUGAAUCAACUUAAUCUUUCUGUUUUCUCUUAUUAAGCUUAUGUAAUACAUCGAGUGUUCAAGAGAUGACAUUAAUUUGUAGUAACGUACUUUCAUUUGUUCCAUCAAGAGAACAUUUUAUUUACUUUUAGGAACAUUGCACUUUAAUUUGUUAUAGUUGAACAUUUUAUUUAUUUUUAGCGACAUUGCACUUUAAUUUAUUUG